CCAGGCAUCACUGUCCGCUCGCAGGCUCCCUGCGCGGGAGCGGACCGGAAGCGAUCGAUGCCGUCGGCGCUCGGUUGAGUCGGCCCGAGCGUGGUUGUGCGCAGGCGCGCGGGACGCGCUCCCUUUCUGCCUCGCGCGGAGCCGCCAUGGCGCCCGCGCAGAAGAAGCCUGCGGCGAAAGGUGGCAAGAAAAAGAAGCAGGUUCUGAAGUUCACGCUGGACUGCACGCACCCCGUCGAGGAUGGCAUCAUGGACGCUGCCAACUUUGAGCAGUUCCUGCAGGAACGGAUCAAGGUGAACGGCAAAGCGGGAAACCUGGGCGGGGGCGUGGUGACCAUCGAGAGGAGCAAGAGCAAGAUCACGGUCACAUCAGAGGUGCCCUUCUCCAAGAGGUACCUCAAGUACCUGACCAAGAAGUACCUAAAGAAGAACAACCUGCGGGACUGGCUGCGUGUGGUGGCCAACAGCAAGGAGAGCUACGAGCUGCGCUACUUCCAGAUCAACCAGGAUGAGGAGGAGGAGGAAGAAGAGGAUUGAGCCCCGCCGCCGCUGACGGCCAUUUUGUACAGUUUCACUUUUCUGCAAUAAACAGCGGCAGAGUUGUUCAUA